GUUUCCAGGCUUGGAUGAGCUCUCUCCAAUCCUCGUGGAAGACAAAAUGGCGACCAACAGUGCCAAGUGUGUCUUGUAAACUUGUCUUAAUUUUAGAACGACUCCGCGGAGAAAUAGACUUAAAAAUCGCCGGAAAGAUGAUCUUAAUAGUUAAAGAGCUAUUCAAUUCCACAAAACUAACAAAUUGUUGGUUAAUUUCUUGAAUUUCCGGGUUAGUGUGAAAAGCUGACGGUGCAAGUACGACACGCUUUGUCGAAGCGCCAUCUAUUUUCGAAGUCUUUUACGUGGAUCACGAUGCAGAUUAAGAGCGUGGAAGCCUUGAAAACUUGGUUAACGACUCGUUUGGAGUCAGUGUGAGUAUAUGAUGGCAAAGAUGUAAGAUUACUCUUAACGUGAUUGGUUAAUUAAUGGUUGUUUCUUUAUAGCUUUAAUAAGAUCCCUAAUUUUAUUUUGGACUGAUCGGCAGGGCAGAAAAACCGCUGAUUGGUUGCCGUUUUCGCGGCAGUUUGUGCUCUCCGCUGACCAUCUUACAACGAAUCAAGUAGUCUACAAAAAAGAGCAAAGUUUGAAGCCAAAUACAUAGUUAACCAUGACUAGUUCGGUGAUUAUGAUCUGAUAUCCCCAAACUAGAACUCAUUGACAGGCGAUGUCAAGAGUUGUAGCGAAAUCAGAUUAGGAAUACUCUUUAGGGUGCUUGCUGAAAAUGCGCGGGACAGUGUGUAGUUCAUAGAGACAUCAUACGACCAAUAGCUCUUAAACAAUUUGCAAAAAUAAGAAACAGGUGGAGUAUUUAAGGUUCACAAUUCGACCAACCAAAAGGCCAAAAGCCAAGAAGCAAAAUAAGAAAUACGUAAAAAAUCGAACAGUACGUUUUUCUGUGGCUUGCUGUUUUUGUUUUUGCAUCCCCUCGCGGUGACAACACUCGAACGUAAUCGCCGGUGAGAAGCUUCCACAAAUGUACAGCCAAUCUUACCUCUAAAAGGAUCGAUCCUCUUGCACUUAGAAGGUAGAUAGCAGCGCAAAAAUCUAUUUCCUUGGACAAGUAAAAAAGGAAAAGAUUUGUAAACAUCAAACUCUUCGCCACGGCUUGUGUCCACUUACUGACUGGUAGGCGCCAGCUUCCCGGCCUCAUGCUUUGCGCGAGCGAAAUUAUGAAUGAAACUGGAGACGCCGCUCGUUUUUCCCCGCUUCAAAAAGCUUCAAAAAUGUCCAAAAUAGUUACCGACCGCUUCACUGUCAAGUUCCGGUCUUUUUGCGUGCGUUCCGGCGGAAAGAACGUCCAAAGUUGAUUAAAUAAUGGAAAAUGUUUGUGAACGUGGCUCCAGAUUAACAAGCGUGUCAGAAAAGUGUUGGGUCGCCACUAAUUACUAUUCGGGAAAAGAGGCUGUUUCACGGGCUACUCUAGGCCGGUUUGGCUAUGUUUUGGUCAUGCAAAAAAAACUGCAAGUGGAAAGUCAAAGGAGGUGCUGUUUUCCGAGUGAAAAUGCCUGCACGCAAAGGAACAAUUUACUGCCAUGUCCGCAGAGGAUUCUCACCGUGGCAACAAACCUUGAAAACUACCAAGGAGGCGCAUUUCUUUGCCCAGGCCACCUAAAUCUCGUGGACUAAGCUCCCAUAUUUACCAACCACGCUCUCUACAAACCCCUACUACGAAAAGGUAUGUUUCUUUUACACUCAAACAACAGUCAAAAUGUACAGAAACAGAUCACACAUUCUUAGUUUUGUUUUAGAAAAUAUUCAUAUUUUGCAUUAAAUUUUGCCCUAUACAUUUGUAGACAAAAUGUACUACUUCAGUCCUAUGUACUACCCCAGAAAAGAAAAUAACUUGGAGGGAUGGAACCUCUCAGACCGCCCCUUUGCAGAGUGUUAAUGAGCUAGCAGAGGCAAAACAAUUAAUCACCACAUUACAGCGCGAAAAUGCAGCAUUAAAAGAAAGAUGCAACAAGCUAGAAGGUAUUGUAUUGACAUACUCUUAAUUUCCACACAUUCAAAACAAAGACGACUAGUUUCAACCUUUAAUAGAAAUAUUUUUUUAUUAAUUUUCAGAGCCAACUUUUGAUGAGCAGUUCAAAACGUUCCACAAGUGUCUCACUAAACAUUACAAGGAUGGAGGGCAGCGGCUAUACGACCCUGCAGACAUGGAAAAAUUUGCCAACAAGUGCACCCCAGGAUUGUUCAACCGUGCCUUGUGUCUAGUCAAGAAUGAUGAAAAACAACAGCUUUCUAAGAAAAGACAUGAAAUACUGAGACUGCGAGUUGUGGCACUGCUUCAUCAGCUGUCUUACUUUAGAAACCAAGUGUGUAUAAUAAUAAUAAAAAAUAAAAUAAAUAAUAAUACUAAUAAUGAUAAUGGUAAUGAUAAUGAUAAUAAUAAUAAUAGUAAUAAUAAUAAUAGUAAUAAUGAUUUAAUAAUAAUAAAAACAAAACUUUAUUCAUAGAUUUAAAAAAAAAAAUAGACUAUAAUAUUAAUAAUAAUAAUAAUAAUAGCAGGAACCAUACUUUAGGAAGACACUUAAAUUAAAUUAAACACUAUGGUGUGUAAUAGACAUAAGUGUUGCUUGUUUGUUUUCAACAGAAAAACAAUCCCUUACAACAAGAUUGUGGGUUGCACUUGUCCUUUCAUGGUGCCAGUGAUGAUGCUUUGACAGCUGGCUCACUUCUGGGGUUUAGCACUCACCCGAGAAGUGUGCUAAAUCAUAAAAAAGGAUUGUCUGGAAAAAGCAUUCACAAGACACAAGCGAUCGUUGAGAGUGCCAUAAAGGUACAUGUAUUUACAUACUGAAACAAUUCAUUAUUAAACAUCUGCCACUGCACAACACCCUGGCCAAAACAAUAAGUUGACACAAGGUGAGGUGGCUGGAUGUAAAGAAGCAGGGGCUAAAUAGAAGGCACAAGGACCUUGUAACAAGGAGACAAAAACAACAAAAAUAGAGUGAUUUUAUUUGAACCGUGAAACAGAUAUUAACAAAGAGUGCAAAAUAGCAAGAGGUAAACAAAAGAAGACAAUGGAAUUAAUACAUAAUGGUGCGUAGUAUUCUUCUACCUGUUUCACGGUUUAAGUAAAAUGACUCUAAUUUAUCAGUCCAUAGAUGUACACUGAUCCAGUUAAAAAUUUCCUCCCCAACAGAACAACAACUUCCUCCUGCUCAUUAUAGAUGAUUUUCAUUGUGUCCAGUCUAUAAAAGACCCCAAACAGAGCCAGCUGAGCAAGUGCCUUCACAUGUGUACUGGAGUAGUGGAUCACCAAGAAUCUAUACCGGCAAUGCCAACAACAAGAAACGUCCACCAGGUUGUACCUGUCCGAAUUGCUGGGGUGCAAUUGUUAACUGCCGGGGAGGAAUUGAUGCCAACAAAGUGGACGAGUUGUUUCAAGAGCAUUUGUCAAAUUAUUUUACAUUCAGUUAUUUAGACUCUCUACCUGCUGAUUUCAGCCAGUUUGAUCUGACAAAUGUAAACAAAAGUUUAGUUGAAUUAAGGUAUGAUUUACAACAAAUCAGAAACCUAAAAGUCAAGGUAGUGGUCUAAUAGUCAUUGGGUGCCACAAGCUUGUACAAAAAGAAUAAUAUAAUACUUUUAAGUAAUAGAUUUUAGUAAUGUAUUUCAUCCAAACUUUUCAUGCAAUUUAACACUUUGGCAUAAAUCAAUGCCACAUAAAUUUUAAAAUUAACUGGCACCAUAAAUAUGUUUAUUAUAAAUUCCCCCUCAAAAAUGAAAUUGGCAACUCCCAUUGUCAAUAACUAGUUUUACAUACAGCCCAUCAUAAAUUUUUUCCACAUACCACUUUGCAUUGUCUCACAAUGUAGGAAUUUGAAAUGGAAAAUUUAAUAUUGAAUGGAUAAUUGACUUUCAAAAAAUGUUGCUCAAGGGUGCCAAAAAAAGAGCAUGUACAAUGUUUCAUGAUACAAACAAUAACAAAUACCUUGUAGAGUGUAUACAGAUGAGGCCAGACAUGACUUGGAUUUGCUGUCCAACACUUGGCUAGUUGACGAAUUUGAACAGUCCCUUAAGAGCAUGGCAAAUUAUAGACAAGCAAUGCAGCACCUCAAUGAAGUUUGCCCAUCACUAAGCGAAUACAUGGAAAAGAACCUACUGCUCUUAGCUGGUGAUUGGCCAACAUGGUACUACAACAAGAAGAUUAUAUGCCAGGUUUGGCUUAACAUUUUUAAAACACUUUUAGCAUAAGGAACAAUAAUGAGCAAGGGAUGGCACAAUGGUGAGAGCACUCGCCUCCCACCAAUGAUCAUGAUGACGACGACGAUGAUGAUAGUGACAACUCAGAUGAUGAUGACAGUGAUGAUGAUGAUAGCAAACCUGAUACACUAGCAAAUAAGAUACUCAUUAAAGCAAAACAAUCCCUUUUGCAUCUUCCACAAAGUGCUUUAUUUAAGUACAGCAUCAAAAAUUCCAAGAAUGUAAACUCCACCGACUCUACUGGAGAAGCAGUAAUUGUUAAUACUAGUAUGGUGUGUGUCACAUGUGGCAGGGUCUGUAAUAGCAAAGGGGGCUUGACUCAGCAUCAGAACACCCACAAAGGGGUAAAUAGUUAAGUGUUUCCCUGAAAUGAGAAUAACAAAACAAUAAUCAUUUCCUUUUUUAGAAGCAAAUCCAAACAAAUAAUACAAGCCCUUUGUUUCAUGUAAAAUACCUUGAAUAGGAAUAGGCAUGAUAACACAGGAGAGAAACCUUGAACAAUGCCUUUGUUGUUGCCUUUGUCUUGCUAUAGGUAUCUCAAAACAAUGCAAGUAGCUAGAUAACAAAUAAGUGAUCUUGUGCUUGCAUUUGGAAUUUGGUCCAUACAAUAUUAUAUGAGAUCUUUGCAUUAUAAAAGAUUAACUCAGCCCAACUACUAUGCCAGUGAGAAAAAUAUAGUGAUAGUCCUGUCGAGAAUACUAAUAAGGGACAAUGUGAUGUACAGGAGUAAGAUAGUGUCUUCAAAAUAUUCGAUGUUAUUUUGAACAUGUAAAUAUAAUAAGAUUUUCACUUCAAAAUACCACAUUGUAUAUGGGCAAGGAUUGUGUAUAACUCUGCUAAUUCUGGAUACAUGUAAGCUUAAAAAUUCAUCCUUAAAAUUUCACCUUUCUUAAAACAACCUAAUUUUGUACAGUAAAAUCAUUCCAAAUCUAUAUCAGUCCAAAAACAAAGUUAUUAACUGUAUAAAUCAGUUGGUAUAAAUUGAUGUAAAGAAAUUACAAAUUGGACAACGCGUGCAAAAAAAAUAAUUUCGCUUCUAGCGGAACAAUGUAAACAAUUCACACUAAGGAAUUCAUUGAACAGUGUGGAUAUAUAUAACCUAGAAUCAAAAGCCCAUUAAACUUGUAACUCAGGGUGCUAUGAAGUGCUAUUUUGUUUGAAAGUUUGGUUACUUUUAGCAAUGGCUUCGCCAACUGUUAGGUGCCGCAUUAUACGCCUGCACGCAGCGCACGCUGCACCGCCGCAAUCUCGUGGAGGAUAAAUAGCAUCCAAUGCAAAUUUCGGUUAACUCAUUAACACUGAAAACGUUCACUAUGUCAAAGACGAAAAAUGUCUUACCUUUAACUCAGUGUGUAACUAUCGGAUCACCGAGACUUGUUGCAGGAAAACCAAACAAUCGCGUAGAAAAGAAAGUUGAUCGAAAAAAACACAUGGUUUGUUUGGCACGACUCCGUCCGUUUAACGUAAAACAAUCACAAAGAUUACCUCCAAAGCGAAGCAAAACAAAAUGAUACCAUUAUAUACAAGACCUUUCAGUGAUGUAUUUCAACACAGUGCUCUUCAAAUUUCGGCCAAAUAGCUCACAUUCAUGAUCGCUCGAUUGUAGCUCCUUCGGAUCGCUCAUUCUUUUGAACCAACUGCAUCUGCAUAUGGUCAGCGGAAGGCGCACGCGCAUGCUCUCAGUGGAAUUUUUUUUAACCAAUCAGCGGUUUUUCUGCCCUGCCGGACUGAUCAUAAUCCAAUCGCGCAAUUUGACCUGUAAGGUAACCAUAGAUAGAUGAAAUGGUGUAAAGUUACGGGCAAACUAACUGUUAAAUUUGGCCAAUUGGUUGGAAUAAAUUUGUUGCCUUUGCUUUAGUUGUAGCUGGUGUACUUAAGGGGAACUGAUGCUGGAAGAUUUUUUUGUUUGCUCAGUAGUGUUGUCACACCACUGAGGUCCUCUUGGGGUAAAAUUCAGACAAGUGACAUGGCCUUGAAACAGCAACAUAAGAAAAACAUCAUGAAGAUGAGUUGCGUACUAACAGAGACAUAGCCUAUUCCUCCAAACGCAAAACAGCCGUAUUUAAAAUUUAGACUAGGGACAUACAUACAGCCCCUUUAGGGGGGCCUCACUAUUGCACUAGAUACAUUUUGCAGGUCAAAAGUCAGGCAAAAGUCAUCUUUCUUGAGGUUAUGAUGGCCGAACCCGAGAGUUAAGUUACACUAAGACAAGUGACAGCAUAGAAAAUGUUUUUGUACUUGUCAUUCCUCAAGCCUGAAAACAAGAGUAAGUGUAAAAUAACAGUGACUGCAGCGCUGUACAAAAGUGUCCUGUGUUGUAAUUUUGAGCAUCGUGUAGGUCAGAUGACUUUUAAGUGACUUGAGGUCGUGCACCACCUUUAAUGAUCAGUAUGUUAGUAUGUUUGGCACAAGCAGAGGUAGAAGACCGUUUACCUACAUAAUAUAAAAUUAUGUAAAUUUUUUCCUCAUCACCAUCUUCUCUUUAGCUUUCUUGUUAGGCUCCUUAAACCUUUCAUAAACCAUCAACGUAUUGUUGAUAGCUGGUUUGGUGACAGACAACCAAUGGGUUUGACACAUUUUCCAUUAAUAAUUUUUAUUUGAAUCCUGUUUUUCUUUAAUUAUUGAUAUUUGUAUUAUAGUUGUGAUGCUGAUCCAGCUGCUUUAGCUAAAUAUGUUGUGGCUUUGGUAAAAAAGGACAAGCCCAUGGAAGAACUCAAGGAGAUUUGCAUUGACCAGUUAGAAGUAUUCCUUUCUGAUGGUGAGUUUGGUGCUUCACAAAUUAAUGUGAUUAUUUAUUAUUAUUAUUUCAUAUAUUUAUUUCCCUUUCACAUACUUAUCACAGAAUAAUAUAGGAUAAUAUUGUGUGGUUCCAGAAAAUAUCCAAACCCUCACCACAGAAGGAUUUGGAAUUUCCAUGGGGGUGGGGGGGGGGAGGGGAUGGGGGGUCAGAGGCCCAGGAAAUUCCAGAGAGUAGGGGGGUUGGACGAUAAAAAUCACUUUCCAAGGGGAUAAUUUAUUCAUUAAGAAAAUGCCAUACAAAAUUAAAAACUCUUCAGGUUCUGCUUAAAGCCUUGAACUUUCUGGAUAGUUGUGAUAGCUAUAGGAAGAGUAUUGAACAGUGAGGGGCCAUCAAGAUUAAAGGCCUUGUUCCCAAGGGUUUUCAACUUAGUUGUGGAGACCUUUAAUUUGUAGCUGUUAUUUAUAUGACAGAGUGAAUCAUCUACAUGUACAUGUAUGUUACUAAUAACCAAUUUUUUGUAUCCAGAAACUGCCAAAUUUGUAAGUGAGUUGUUUGAAGCACUUACAAACUCUGCGUACCUACCUCAGACACUCAUAGAACCAAGUCCUCCUCCAGUUCCUGUUCCUACCUCAGUACUUUCUCCGCAGCCAACACCCACAACUACGACAACACAGGAAAAACCACGGAAAACAUCAAUAUCAGAAGAUGUUUUAACGACAAGAGUACUGGCAGAAGUAAGUGGAGAUACACAUAACAACUACUAUAAUUCUUAGGAGAAAGACCACAAAAUGAUUGCCCCUGCUCCUUCUUGAACUAAUAUCUAAAAGCAAUAACGUUUCAUCACUAGGAUGUUUAAAGUGGGUGUAAUCCAUGAAGAUGUGCAAAGAAAAAAUUAAACUUCUCAAAAAUAGAUGAGGUUGGUUGUAGGUGACCUAAAGGAUUGUGGUGCCAAGUGCAUAAGAGAUGUACAUAUUGUAUCCAUGGCAACCAGUGAGCAGCAACAACCAGCAGGACCAUGAUCAUGUAGAUUAGUGGAAAAAUAACAUGGUACACUCUAACACAUACCUGAAAGGGGGGAUGAGAGAUAGAUUAGCAGAAAGCGGCCUAGAUGUGAAACAUGCUUAAGGUGACUUGACCCAGUUUUUUUGGGGGGGUACCAUCCUACUUUGAAGCUCCCUGGUAUCCCCACCUUUACUUUUAUCGUAAGUCUAACACAUAGAAUGGAUAACAUAUAGAUCAAUCUACAAUAUAACAUAAAAUUUUUGGCGAUCGGACUAAAAUAAUUAAUGUCACGUGGUUAUAAUGCCGCGCCCCUUUGAGGUCUGAGUCGAAAAUCUGCUGUUGCCGGCAUUUUUUCGUGAAAAUCUCUCGGCUACACAUAGUGCGCAUCAGUGCCUUGCACUGAACAGAGUUUCACCAAAAUCGCAAAGACCCAAUUCGAGAAAUUCAGCGGUUUCCAAAUUUAGGUCAUAAUUUAUGCGAAAAUGAUAAUCAAACUUUACAUAGAUUAUAUCUAAUAAACUAUGAGAUUCAUCUCUUUAUUUUGGGCAUCGUUAUAACAGAUGGGUCCUUGCAAGUCAGCAAAACGCUUUAGGGCCUUGUAAAUGCGCACGAUUUUUGAGCAAAGCAAACAUAUAUAAAUUAUAGUUUUCGCUAUUUGUUGAUGUUUGUCAGCGUUUAAGAGUCCUUCUCACGAAAAAAGCAUUUUCUUAAAAAUUCAUAGUUUUUUUCCUUCAAAUUUUUUCGAGCCACAAUUGAUUAACUAACUACCCGGACUCUGAAUUUCAUGGUCAUUGAAAAACUGUGACCUUAUCUUCUAUAAGCCCAAACUUGAGUAAACAUUGAAGAUUUCUAACGUUUUGGCUGAGUUUGUGCUUUGGGAGUUGUCUAUUGUUUCUAGUCUGUCAUGAUACCAGCAUUCUUGUUCAGCACGCGUGCAAUGACCACGCUUGGCUGACUUCCGAAUGCUCAACGAGAUAUGAUAAUUUUGGUACAGUGAGACAGGCCAUCGCGUGAUAUAUAGAGGUUUAACUCACAAUUUUUAAUCAAUUCUCGUGCUUCUUGUGCCUUUGGAAAAAAAUCAAGAAGUGCUACACACUAAAUCUACUUACUAUUAAAAAAAUAUCAUUUUUUCAUAGGUUUAAUGCAAGCCAAUAAUUAAACCAACUUGUGACAGGAAUCCCUUCUAUUUUCUUAUACUAAAUUAUCAUAUCUCAGUGAGCAAUUGGAAGUCAGCCAAGCGUGGUCAUUGCACGCGUGCUGAACAAGAAUGCUGUAUAAUGACAGACUAGAAACAAUAGACAACUCCCAAAGCACAAUCUCAGCCAAAACACUAAAAAUCUUCAAUGUUUACUCAAGUUUGGGCUUAUAGAAGAUAAUGUCUCAGUUUUUCAAUGACCAUGAAAUUCAGAGUCCUGGUAGUUAGUUAAUCAAUUGUGGCCCUGAAAAAAUUUGAAGGAAAAAAAACUACGAAUUUUUAAGAAAAUGCUUUUUUCGUGAGAAGGACUCUUAAACGCUGACAAACGUCAAUAAAUAGCGAAAACUAUAAUUUCUAUAUGUUUGCUUUGCUCAAAAAUCGUGCGCAUUUACAAGGCCCUAAAGCGUUUUGCUGACUUGCAAGGACCCAUCUGUUAUAACGAUGCCCAAAAUAAAGAGAUGAAUCUCAUAGUUUAUUAGAUAUAAUCUAUGUAAAGUUUGCUUAUCAUUUUCGCAUAAAUUAUGACCUAAAUUUGGAAACCGCUGAAUUUCUCAAAUUGGGUCUUUGCGAUUUUGGUGAAACUCUGUUCAGCACAAGGCACUAAUGCGCACUAUGUGUAGCCGAGAGAUUUUCACGAAAAAAUGCUGGCAACAGCAGAUUUUCGACUCAGACCUCAAAGGGGCGUGGCAUUAUAACCACGUGACAUUUAGUCCGAUCGCCAAAAAUUUUAUGUUAUAUUGUAGAUUAAUCUAUAUGUUAUCCAUUCUAUGUGUUAGACUUACGAUAAAAGUAAAGGUGGGGAUACCAGAGAGCUUCAAAGUAGGAUGGUACCCCCCCAAAAAAAACUGGGUCGAGUCACCUUAAUUUAUUGCAGAAUGAAUCUCAGUAAUUUGAUUGCCUUCAGGGAAGUGAUGAAGCCCAUGUAAAGAAUUUGAACUUCUUUGUUAGUGAUAAGUGCGGAAUGUUUAAAAUUAAUGCUAGGAGAAUGUUGUUGUGUUUACUUUUGUAACAGAUGAAAAUUUUUUGGCUUUUUUUCAGCCUGAUGAUGAUGAUAGGGAUUUCAAACGAACAAGAAGAACUACAGAGAGUAGUGAUCGCAGCACUGGUGGAGGCAGUUCUAUUGUGACAACCACUGUCGAUAGAUCUCGUAAACGAAGGGCGGAUGAGGAUAGAGGCAGAGGUGACCUUGUAAAGAUUCCAAGAGAGGAACUAAGUGGAGUAAGGAGAGGGGAUUCGGAACCCAGAGAUGAUCAGGCACCUAAAAACAGGCCUGAUUCUGUACCUUUUGACAACGUAACUUACCCCAUUCCUAGCUCACUGCAUCGUGACAGGGGUAACAGGUACGGUCAAGAUGCUCAGGAUUUACGAAUGGGUAUGCACCCUCAUGAGGACUCUAGAGGCAGACAUGGCAGCCCAACCAGGGAUCGCAGAGGUGGAAGGAUGCGUAACUUUCACGACCGAGACCGGGACCGAUACAGAGAUGACCGACUGCGACGUGAAAGAAGGGAUGAUAGAGAGAGGGGUAUGGGGAGGAAGUCUCGUUGCCGUGACUAUGAUGGUAUGUUUUUUUGACUGAAAGUACUGAAUCUGAGUUGUAGCUAGCAUAAGACAAACCUACGGUAGGCCCCUUUAAUUACCUUGGGAAGAAUCGUGAUUUAAAGGGGUACCCAGAAAUAAUAUGUCUUUCUGGUGCAGAGAGGUAUUAUAUUGGUGAUGUUGAUGGUGAUCCAUAAAACAACACCAAUUGAUUUCUGAUAAACUACUAUAUUCUCCUCAGAAAUUACCUUUUAUUUCCUUGUGGAGCUAAAAGAGAAUUUGAGAUUAGAUCUAAAGUUAAUUAGGACCUUAUUCAAUGCACCUCUUCAUUAUUUAUUUUCCAUUGUGUGAGUAAGAGAAAAGUAUUUGAUUAUGAGGCAAAGUAUUGAAAAUUAAGUAAAAAAGAAGUGUGUAGUUUUCUAAUAGAUAAAUAAAUAGACAAAUAAAAUCAAACCAAUUUAAUUAAAACUAAUUUUUAAGUACAGCUGUAAGGCUGAUUUACACGUAAAUUGUGGCUCCACUGUAGUGGAUUCUCAACAAAGGUUUUUUUUUGGCUUUCAUUUCAACAGAAAAAGGAUUUUGUAUGCGAGGGGAGCUGUGUCCUUUUGACCAUGGUAAUGAUCCUGUGGUGGUACAAGAUAUGCUACCUCCAGGGAUGUUAGGAUUCCCUGCAUCCACUGGGCCUCCUUUCCUUCCUGAUGGCCAACCAAUCCCCGCGGCAGGACUACCAGGGAAUGCUGGCCCUAUCCCUGGGAAUUAUCCUCCUCCAAACUCCCAACCGCCACCCCCUGGGACAUCAGGCACAUUACCUAAUGAUGGUCCAAAAACCAAAGGUGCUCAGGAAGGUCCUGAUACAACUGUACCUGUGGGUGGCCCAAGACCCUCAGCCCCAGCCGUCAUGGUUCCUCCACGUAGUCAAGCACCUGUUAUGCCACCCCAUGCUGUUCAUAUGAUGCCGCAACCAAUGCUACGGGGGCAGGCACCCCGCCCUCCAUUUAUGAAUCCAUUUGAAGGUGGGUCUUAUUUUUUCAUUUCUGUUGCACUUGCUUUUGGUGUCAGACUUUGAAGUAUAAUCCACACACGUACAUUCAAAUAAUAAUGUGAUAUGUUAAGUUCAAUAGGUUCAGUAAAAUUGACUGCUUUGUAACUUAAGCGUCAUUUCCUAGAUUGUUGUAAGUUUUGUUAUUGAAGUCUUUGAAUCAAAGAUUUAUUUUUUAACUGGCUGUUAACUUACGGUGGAUUUCUUUGGGAAGAUCUUACCUGUAACUUUAACUCUUGAAUCUGAAAAUAGUGUUUGCGUGUCCUUACUGAAAUACCCAAAUGGUUUUUAAGAAUUAUUUUAUUCUCCAAAUUGAUUCAGAAAAAUCCAAAUCUGAAUCUGAUUGCUCAGCUCAGAUACUGUACUUAACAUGAGUGGAAUUGAAUUCAAGGAAUUAAGUUUAUGUAAAGUACAGCAUCGGAAUCAAUUUAAAAUGGCUAAGUUAAUUUGGAUUGGCUCAGCUGUUGUUUACACCUGGGUCAGCUGUGAAUGAUGGCUGUGAACCAGCAUUGAUUCAGAUGCUGAACUUAACAUGAGCCAAACAAUAUUUAUAAGUUUUUGUGAUGUACUGUUAAUGCAAUGCUCAUUUUUACCCUUUUAAAUUUAGUCCAGCUGGAAUACAGAUUGGUGUCCGAAUUAAUUCAGCUGGCCUAAAUUAAUUGGAUCGGCCUAAUUUCAAAUUUGAUUCCACUUGUUUGAAUUAAGGCAUCUGAGCUUGCCCUAAGAGUCUACUUUUGCCUUCUUUCAAAGAAACACACUCAAAGUUUGUCAGAGAAACUUUACAAACUUUUCUAUGUUUUUUUUCACUUCAGAUUCCUACAAUCCAGAGCAGCCACAGUUUGACCGCACCCCUGUGUGGAUGAGGCUGGGAAAUGGCCGUCCUCCUCAUCCCCUUCCCGCCCGCGGAGGGUUUCAUCCCAUGAUGGGUUUACGAUCAAGAGAACUAUUGCCUGUCACUCCCAAUCAAACUCAACUUACUGUUCGAGGUAAUUAAACAACAGCAGAUUUUUUAGACCUCUCCUUUUUGUAACUAGCAACCUGUAACGUGUUCAAGGGCUGACUUUCUAAUCUCAUGUCACCUACUCUGAUUGGUUUAUUUGACUUAAAUGACAGUGUGAUCAAAGGCUUACAGUACACUUUGAAAAACUACUAUGACAAAAAAAAACAAAAACAAAAACAAAAAAAACAUGAAGGCUCUAGUAAUAUUGCAGCAAACAUCACCAACAAACGUUAAGUUUUGAUGUUCAUUUGGCGAAGUUCAAGUUAUGUUUUAAAAAUGUCUAAAAAAAAACAGACUCAGAAAAAAAAUAUGAUCACACUGUUGCAUUUAGGUCAAUCUGUGCAUGAAUGUAUAGGUCUAGCUAUGGAUUCCAUAACUUUGCUUUUCUUUAUAAUCAGUUGUACCCAAGACUGUGCUUUAGUUAUAUAUGCUUGGCAGCUCCUCCCAACUUACUUCUACCUUGGGUGACGGAGAAACCUUAGUUUUUGCAUAACAGUUAUGUACCUGGUACCCUGGAUUUCAUAGGUUCAAGGCUUCCAAGAAUUUUCAUUUAAGCACAAACUUAUAAUGAUCAACCCACAAUUGCAACACUGACUAUUUUUCCUGUUCUCAUUAUUAUUUUGUUGAUUUUUGUGCAUCAAGUCCCUGGUAUGUCUGCCCCACCUCCAACAGUACCCACCAUGCCUGACAGAGUAGUCAUCCACCCAGAUGCAACAAACAACACCCCUGUACCACCCCAAGAGCAACCACUGCAACAACAGCAGCAGUCGUCAGGUGUACCCCAGCCGGGUGUGGCACAAGCUCCCAGCACCAUUAAUCACACCGCCCCUGUCAAGAACAGACUUGGGUUUCCAAGGAAAUUCAGUGAUACAUUAGAGUUGAAAAGGAUUCCUCGUGACCUGAACAACAUUGCCAAGUUGAAUGAGCAUUUUCAAAGAUUUGGUUCUAUCACUAAUAUUCAGGUAGAAGAAUUGUGUAGAAUUUUAAAUAAUAAUUUUAAAGAGCUAACAACAGUGUUGUUACAUUAUUAAAAAGAUGUUGUCUCACAGUGCAAAAUAGCAUCUUUGUAUUAUUUUAAAGCUUGUGAACAAAUCAUCGUUUUUGUCAAAGCUACAUACACAAGCUGUAGGUUACUCAAUGUUCAUAAAAUCCUGUAAUAAAGUAGACUGUUUACGGCCCCCUAUUUUUUUUGUAAAAUCCUCCUUAUCAAGCGCUUACUGGUACAGAUGGUUCUUUCAAGUGGCCAUCUUGGUUUCAUAUUUACUGAGGGAGUGAGCAUCAGGUUUCCGUCCCCGCCCCCUAAGUAGAUUUGACACUCAUCCUCAGGCUAGACUCAGAACACCUUGAGACCAAGAUGGCCACCUGUAACACAAAGUACUUGAUCUGGAUGAUCUGACGGAAAAGUGGGGGACUGUGAACAGUGUAAUAACAUUCCUUUUGUUGUAAGCAUGGUGUAUAAAAUGAUGAUGUUUUUUAGGUCUGUGCAUUUGGAGAUCCUGAAGCUGCAUUGGUACAGUUCUCACAUCACAGUGAAGCUAAAGCAGCACACUCUUGUCCUGAUGCUGUCCUUGGUAACCGGUUUAUCCGAGUGUUCUGGCACAAUCCUGACAGACAACAAAAUAAUAAGGUGGGUUAGUGUAAACUUGUUCCAAAAUUUAGAAGGUUAAUAUAAUGUUAUUUGUUAUUUCACUUUAUUUUAUAGCCACUACAAUGACUGCUGAAAAUGACUGAUGUCUUUUAAAACUGCUAUCCAUGUUUGAAAAGCAGUCACUUUGAAUGGUCAUACCCUACCAUUAUUAAUCUCUUAACCAAUGUUAUUGAGGAAGCAUUUACUGAAUUGAUACAAAUCACUUUGACUCUGAAGAUGACUACCGCACAGGUUGUCGAAACAUCAGUCACUGUCAACAACAGUCCUAUUCAGGACUACGUUCACCCAGACGAUCAUACUCAACCUACUUAUGAUACGACUCCUGGGUUCAAACCUUUUCCAGUGUUUUAUAUGUUGUAGACGUUUCCAAAUGCAUAUCUUGUUGACAGUGUCUCAGGGGCGGAUCUAGGGGGAGGGUGCAGGGGGUGCGCACCCCUCCCUGAGAUGACCUGCGGUUUUCUAAUACAACUGGUAUUCUACAAAAAAAAAAAGAACUUUGUGGUUUAUUUGUGUUGAAGUAGAGCAAGAGACGAGUGCUCCCCCUCCUAAAAAAAAUCCUGGAUCCGCCCCUGUGUCUUCUGUUAUGUGUGCUCUGCAGUUGUGGGUUUCAUCCACACACAUAUCAAGAUUCAUGCACAGAUGGUUAAGCAGUUAAGUUUCUGUCCUAAAACUUCAACUGUGCCAAAUAAUCCUGACCGGAAAUAAAAAUACUGGUUUAAAAUUUUUCAAUACAUUACCUUGGUCAUUACAGUCAGUGCUGGAAACUAACAGUCGUUCACUCGUCUAAAACGAGUAAAAUUAGCCAAAAAACGAGUAGAAUUUUUAGUUAGUCGUUCUCAUGGACGAGUGGAAGUUUUAGCCUGUGGAUCUUUGUUUCACAUGUCCACUCUCCGUCGACUCCGCGGCAAAUUGAACGUCAUGCGAACGUCAUGCAACUCCGAAAAACAUCGUGAAAGUGGUGGCCUCUUGCGCUGGGACUUUGUUACGCUAUUUCAUAAGGGGCAGGGAAGAUGAAGAAAGGAAAGAUGAAGAAAACGCUAAUACAGGUGAUUCCCAGUCAACAAGAGUGAAAAAGGCAAAGAAGGAUAGAGACUUCAAACCAGCUUGGAAAAAGGAUUUUGUGUGGUUUAUAGUUUACAAUGAAAGCGAAGAGAACAAUGUUUUGCCAGUAUUGUGUAAAUUUUCCAAACAGUAAAAACGAAAAUUCAUCUUUCCCCAAAGGAAGCAAUAAAUAAUUUCUUAUAGCCAAAGAAACUCAAGAUAAAAGAUUAUACUUUUCAUUAGUGUUUAUUAUUAUAAUUUAAAAAGUGAAUCAUUCUUUACUAUGAUUUUUUAAUGUGUGAAUUACAUGUCUGUGGCCAGAUGAUGGAUGGUAGACAGGACUAGUAGAAUUGCCUUCAGGACUAGUAGAUGCCACCCACUACUAGUCCCAGGACAACUGACUAAAAAAGUUAGUUUAGAGCACUGACAGUGGAACCCCGAUAUAUCGAUCCUCGAUAUAGCGAUGUUCCCCGUAUGACAAUGAAUAUUCUAUGUCCCAGCAAAAUUUACAGUAAAAUGUAUGGGACAGAACCCCGAUAUAAUGAUCUUUGAUAUAACGAUAUUCCUGAUAUGACAAUGAGAUUUUAGCAGACCGAGUGGAAAAUCUUUCCCGAUAUAACGAUAUUAUCACAAUUUAAGCAAAAACAUUGAAUGUAAUACAGCAACAUUAAAGAAGUAGAGUAAUCUCUAAUUUUUCUGUCAACUUACUUGGUGUACUUGGGCUGUACAUUAUAACUCUGAUAACAGAACCAUUGAAACAAAAAUGACUUAAGAAGGACUGUUGCAAGCGUGUCAUGCACAAUAAUGCAUUACUUCCUGGCCACUGUCUGUUUUUCGCAAAUUCAAUAAGCAGAGAUGAGAAAAGUUGCAACUUCAUACGUUUAAGUUUAGUUUUGUUGCUCUUUUAUGAUUUAAACCACAGAACAUACUGUGUAAACUUUGAAAACUUCUAGUGCUUUGCAAACUGUUUAAGGACAUUGCUGGGUGCUUGAAAUGUUACAUUUGCGAAUCAUUUGAUAAUUAUUACAAAUAAUAUUUAGUGAAAUAAUGUCUGCAGUAAAAAGGUACAUAAGGUUAACUCUGACAUAACAAUAUUUUCAGUUAUUUUACAGCCAUAUCAUUAUAUCAAGAGUUUCGAUUUAACGAUAUAAUUUUAAUGCUCCCUUGGCAUGUCGUCAAAUUGGAGUUUCACUGUAUGUUGACAUUUUCCUUAGGAUGGACAUUCAAAUCAAGGAGCCACAGUCAGUAGUGGUAACACAGAACCAGUCAAAACUGAAUCAACUACAACAGAGGAUGCUAACAAGGUAAUAACAGGAUGCAAAGAAAGUCGUGUCUGAUAGCUCAAGUGGAUUUUGCCAUCGGGCUAGUGAUUUUUGUUCUUAACUUGCCUGAUGGGCAAGUGCUGUUUUUUGGGAAAAUUCAUAUUACAGGAUUGUAAUCAAUUCUGCUAACCAAAAAGGGUUUGGGGGCUAGUUGAAAUGACUUGUGGGCUAGUUCAUGCUAGCUACAGCUUGCCCGAAUGGCAGGCUGUAAAACUGACUUUCUUUGCACCCUGAAUACAGUCAACUCUCUCUUAAUGGUCACCUCUAUAAGAUGGACACCUCCCUAAAACGGACACCUAGAGUUGGUCCCUGCCUUUCUUUACUCCCUUUAUUUGACUCUCUGUAAGAUGAACAUCUCCCUAAGACGGACACUUACUGCCAGUCCCAAAGGUGUCCGUCUUAGAGGGAGUUGACUGUAAUAGCUGUAUUACAUGUUAAACCCCUUCAUGACAAACCUCAAAAUGCACUGUUUAGUAUACAGUUGAACCCCCACUGAGUGGUCACCCUUAUGGUACAGGUAAGUAGUUUCUUAAUGGAGGUUCAUCAGAAACUAACAUGAUGUGCAGCUGAAACAUAAGACUGAAACAUCUUUACUGGUCCAUAACAAGUCGCCACCUUCUAUCAUGGGCUUCAUUUUCCGUCAUCAAGGCCAAAAGGUGUACACAGAGCGGCUUAAUAGAGGUUUAAUUUACUAUGCUCUCCUAAAAUUAUUUCUGGACUUUGAUUACAGUUCGCUCAAUAGAGGGUCGCCACUUAAUAGUUGGCUGUAUUGUAUGGUUGGGGGUGGGGAGUCGGGGCAUGAAAAUCAUUUGUAUCAAGUCGGUUGAUAAACUUAUGUGGACACUGCACCAGGAUUUAAGUAGCUGACAUUUAGUGUGCUGGGUUUUCUUCAGAGAUAAACACUAAUGGUGAUAUUUGAUGCUGAUCUACCAUAAAUAUUUUUAUCGUAGGCUCCUACAGAACCCAAAGCCAAACCAACUAUGUUUCAAAGUGGGAAGACAACAUUCUCAAAGACAUCAAAAGUUUCACCUGUCCUUGUACCAACUGGACCACCAAUGAACAAGAGACAGCAAGACCUUCAAAAGCAGGUAAGUACAGUAUAAUAAUAACAAUAACAAUAACAAUAACAAUAAAGAGACCUUCUUGAAUUUCAAAAGCAGUCAUUUUACUUUUGUAUUUGUGGUUUCCUCGUCGUUGUCGCAGAUUCAGUCCAUCUUCAUGUCGUUUGUUGUCAUUUUGCCUGUCUUAUGUUGCUGCUUCAAGGCCAUACAUGUCGCUUGUCAGCAUUGUACCCUAACAGGGCCACAAUAAUUUAAUGUCAAUAGUAAUAUUUCUGCAGGACCUGGUAUCUAUUGACAAUGUUGUCAUGGCAGCAGCUAAGUAGUUUAACCCUGUAAGUCUCAAGAGUGACCAACAUCAAUUCUCUCCUAACAAUAUUGAUACAUAAUCAAGAGAAAAAGUAAUGAGAACCAAUAAAAUGAUCACCACAGGGAAAAUGCUUUGAUCUUUUAUCAAAUUCUCUCCACUAAUCUCAAAGGAAAUGUACGAAGAUCAGUCUGGAGAGUUUGUUUCUGGAUAGUGGGGCUUGAAGGGUUACAAUCCUCAGGUCAGAGGGAAAAACAAUGAAUUAUCACUAGGGAUAAGUUCCACAUGGAUGAAAGUGUUUAUGAACCUUUUUUGUAUCAUUUGUCUUAUUUUUUUACAGGAGGCGAUAAAAAAGAAACUGGAAAUUCAGAAACAGAAACAAGAACUACUCAAUAAACAGAUCAAAGAACAGAAGGUAAAAAUUAUGAAUUUUAUUGCAGCCAUCUGUCUCACCACUUAUCCCCCUUCACAUUUGUCGGGUAUUUCUUAGACUGCUUGCAGCCCACCUUGUCUCUCUUAGAUCUGUCAAGUUCACAGGGAGAAGAAAAAAAAGACUUUUAACCAAAAAGGGAAUAAGGCAAGACAAGAAAAGACAGAUUGCUGACUCUUUUGGAGUAAACAAGCUCUCCAUCAGCCCAGUGUGGGAUUUUUUUAAUGUCCUAUUACCUGACUUUACUUAAAUUGAGGUCACCUAGACAAAAUUGACCAGUCGCAUUGAAAGUGAAAACAUUUUAUGUUGGAAAAUUCAUUUUUACUGUAUGCUUAAUACUUUGUUUCUGGUUUUCUUUGCCAGCUUUUAAUCUCCAAACUUGAAAAGAAGAAUCUUAGUGCUGCAGAGAAAGAUAUGAUAGUGAAGGUAAAAUAUAAAUUACCCUCUUACUAAACAGGGUUCAUACAGGUCAUGGAAUUUAAAUAAUAUUGUUGGUUCUGGAAAGUGAUGGGAAGUUAAAGUUAAUCUUGUUAGAUUAGUUACUGCAGAAUGUCAAAAGCAGGAGAAUGUAAGACUUCUGCCAGAGUUAAGAUCAAUUAGUUAAGCUUAGCCCAUUUUAAGAGACUUCUUAGGGAUUACUAUACCGCCUCCUUAUGGACUUGUUGUAAUGUAGAGGACCCCAGAAAACGGAAAACAAUUUGCUUAAAAUGUAACUACGCUUGCACUUUAACUAGCCGCGUCACUUGCUGCUUUUAGCCUUUCCAUCUAGCCUUCCUUUUUCCAAUCCUAACGUUACUUUUAUUUUUGAUUUUUUGUAUAUGUGUAUUAUUUUUUUAUUAUAAUUUUUUUUCUUGGCGAAGCUUAAUAAAUACAUAAAUAAAUGAAACAAGUUGCAGAACUGAGUUAGGUCAAAAAUGUAUUCCUAAAUCAAGGGAAGUCUUAAAAAAUAUUUAAAACUAAAGCUAAGCCUAAGGUCAUGGAAAUCUUAAAAAAGGUAAUGGAAAAAGUCAUCGAAAGUCGUGGAAUUUGAAGAGCUCCAAAGAGUACGAACCAUGUAAUAAAGCCGGCAUUUUGUAUUCAUUGCAAAGUCAGAGUAUGAUGGUAUAUUUAUGUCACUUGUUACAACUUGUGUUUCAUAUAUUUUUGCUUUUUAUUGCAGACAGUAAAAUCUCUAAGUUCAAACAUUGAAGCUCUGAAGAAGGAAGUUGAGUUAGCAGCUAUGGCAGCAAAAUCCAAAGAAAGUCCCUCACAGGCCAGACAGAUUGUAAGUGCAACCUGUGUAAUGAUAAGUGAAUUAUUAUUAGUCAGCAUAAUUACCUGUGCUUGCUGUAGCUGAACGUUUGUUUGUGUGGAUAAAUAGAUAAACCUUGUGCACACCUACAGAAUGGAACAUCAAAUGCCCAUCCCCCUAAAUCAAGGAUGAAGCCAGGCAAGAUACAAGACACGUCAUUUUCCCAUUCUUGAUUUUUGGGGAGGGGGGUAUAAAUUUCCCAUCUAUUUUGUCCAAGAUUGACAGAUACUAUACUUUAAACUGAUUGGGUUUGAAUCGGCUGAGAAGCAAACUUUGUCACCUGAAUAAGCAUACAAUCUGCAAUUUUUGUAAAAGGAAAGCCUGCAAAAUAUCCAGGCUUUGUGAAUGGGACUCAAACCCAUGACCUCUGUGAUACUGGUGUAGUACUGGUGUAAGCUAAUAAGCGGACUGAGAGCUGGUCAUUGAGAUGGUUUGUUUUAAACUCGUGAAAGGGUAAGUGAUGAAUAUGAAAAUCAUAUACCGGUAUUAGAACUAACUGUUGUUAUUUGACCUUGUUUUUUUAGGCCCAGAAAGCAAUUCUUGACCAGGAGCUUGACCUGAUAACACAUCAGAAUACUGGGGAAGACACGACAGAACUGAAGAAAAAAGUUGAAGAACUAAAGCAAGAGGUAGUUCCUUGAGAUACAUUCAAUCUGUCUAGUGCAUCAUUUUUAGCAUUUUGAUAGAUGUGAAAUAUUAUGUGCAAAGUUUUUAUUGUUACAUUUCUCACAUCUGUAUUAAAUGAAAUGACGAAUAUAUGAUUGAAUUUCACAGCAUUGGUUCAAUGUUAAUUUUGUUGAUCAGCAAUGUUAAAGCUUUUGUUCAUCAACUUUUAAACAAUGUGUCAUGGUACAUGGUACAUGGUACAUUGAAAUGGGUCAUUAAACAUGUUGAAUGCUGAUGAAUGAGAAUAGAAAAUAAAGAUGGACUUUAUUUCAGCAAUUACACCCCAACAAUGCUUGUACUUGUUAAUCAAAGAAUGUUUAAACCCAGUGUCUUCAGCUUUUAGUAGUUCACAGCAGGAAAAUAUCUACAAUCCUUGUCAAAAAUCUUGAGACACGUGUGCGUUUCUCCUUCUCCAAUUUUGAUCUGGGUAUUACAGCCGUCUCAGUGCUCCAAAAUAUGUGUGGCUCAACAUUGGGGAAGGGGAGGGUCACAUUUGGGUGAGGACAAAAGUGCGAAGAGUGAAUAAGAAAUUUUAGAGAAAAUUCAAGAGAAGCGGUGUCUGUUUCAUUGAUUUGUGAGGAGUAAUGUAAUUACUGACCAUACACUGUUUUUAGGCAAAAUCUCUUGGCUUACUGGAUCCACCUACAAAGGGACGAGGAAGAGGAGUUGUAAGAGGACGUGGCAGAGGAACACCAGUGAGAAGCAGACCACUUCCAAGAACAACACGGGUGUGGACAAGAGACAGUGCUUCAUUAGACCAUCGACCGAGGCGGAUCAGUGUUGGAGAAAUAACAACUGAACAAAAGGAAGAUAUUACAGAGCACUUUAAAGUAAGUACUUUGACGUUUUCUUUUUGCUACUUUUCUAAGCUGAAAUGAAUCUAUGUUGCUCAGGAGUAUAACCAAUUGUCAAUGGUGAAAGAAGGGCACAUCUCACUUGUCCAAAAGAUGGCCUUUAAUUUACUUUCAUGACUUAAUCCCUCAAGGUUGCUGACUAUACAAGUAAUAAUGUCAAAAAUGAACACAGGUUUCAUCCAAUGUCAUCUCACCAAAAAUAUUAAUAUCAAACAAAGGACAGAAUGUUUCAUGUUAUAUUCAGACAUCGCGAACUGGUUUGAAAAAAUAGGUGGUGCCAGCCAAGUUUUGCAAGACCCACUUUGAGGAUUCUGUAUAUUGGAUAAAACACUGAGUGGAAUUUAAUACAAUAAUGUAUAGCUUCUUUCACAAACAAGAAGUUUUUAAAGAAAUUCAACGCUUAAGUUCACGAAAUCAUAUAGGAGUUGCCUCUGAUAUCCAAACCACUGUCAAAGUAGUGAUUUCCUUUCCUUUAUGGAUUACUUUUUGAGAAUCAAGCUCAUUUGUGGCCUUUGAUUUACAUUUGAAUUUAUUUGAUUUGAUUUCUUCCUGUCCUGAUUCCUUUAUGUAUUGAGAUUGAGAAUUCAUAAAGCUGCAGCCAAUGAAAGUUUGAUAUAUUAGAAUAAAUAAAGAUGGCGAAAUUACACGAAGCUAAAUGUAAUUUAGGCUAAGUUAAACACGGAACCAUGCUGGCCAGCAGUUUUUCCCCAGAGUUGGAUGCAGGGUGACAAGGUUUAAUGUUGUGAUGCAGUGCAAUCGGCCAAGAAGAAUGUUACGGUGGAGCUUUUGUAGUCACUAAAAAGUUAUGUUUGUACAUUAAUAGUUGCGUUUUUGUUUCCUUCCUGUAGGAAUUUGGUAUUGUUGACCAUGAAGAAUAUAUUGAUGAUAAAGAAACUCUCAACUUGACUUUUAGGACAAGAAAAGAAGCCGAAAUUGUAAGAAUAAUGGACAUUCUCCGUUUACUUAAUGUUUAUAUCUAAUAUCUAUUUGUCUUAUUUCCCACCCAAUUCCUCCCUCCCUUCUUUGUAUGGGUUUGCUUUGUAUUGCAUUAACUUAUAAAGAUUUCUGGGUGAUAGCAGUGCAGUGGGGUACAUUGCAUUGAGAAAUCCAUGUUUUUAUUUUUUGUUGUUGUUGAAUAAUUGUAGGCUGUGAAUAGUGUCCAGUUUUCUCCAAACUCAGGGCUGUGCUGUAGCUAACCCUGGUGACCCCUGGUGCCUAAUGUUUGCACCUGGGUCACUAGAAAAUCUUUAGUUUUUUCAUACAAAUCAUAUGCUGGCACCCUGGAGUUUACAGGGUUAGAGCACUGUGCUCCCUUCAAUUUUCCUUAGAGCACUGCCUUGAAACUUAGUUGAGUGAUAACGUUUGAGUGCAGGUGUGCAGCUACUCCCCUGUCUUAGCAUUCAAUCACACACAAGGCCAUUUUUUAUCUCCCCUAUUUACUGGACAAAUUAAGAAGACAGAGAUUUCUUGUGGUCUUGUUGAAUUGGGAAAUCCAUGAAACGAUUUGAAAGCGGGCCUUUUGCUAUUGACUAUACCCUACGGUAUAUAAUUUAGUUUUGAAGAUUUGCAGUUAUUAACCGAUAUUGUUUUAUACUGUCAUUGGCUUUUCAAUCAGAGCUUCAUACAUGAAUUGUAUCAUUUUUAGGCCUUCAAUAAAGGCAAGACAUUCAAAGGCAGAGCCUUGAAGGUUUCUUGGUAUCGACCUCCAUUGACGCCUACAUCACCUGCAACAGCAGUACCAACUACACCUACAACUCCUACAGUGCUCAAGAAAGUAGAGGAAGAAUUAGGACUGGAUAUUGAUGCUGAACUGGUAAGAAAUCUGUGAAAUAUAAACGUUUUGUGUAUGUGUUGUGGUGUCCUAAACAGAAUUCUAAAGUGAUAACGAUAUAAAAAUUAAAAUUUGAAAUUAUGGGAUUUGUCAGGAUAGCCUGAAAGUACAACAUCCAAGAGGCCUACUUGCCAAAAACUGGCAUCGUGGGGCAAAUUGUCUCUGAGAUAUUAGCCGAGUUAUGCUCUGAUAACUCCAUGCAAAUCCUUCUAAAUUUGACUUGGGUCAUAACGUUAUGACAUGAGUCAAAUUUAUCUAUUUGUAAAGGCCAUAUCAAUGCGCAUGCCCACUGAAUAUCCGAUCUUUUACUAAUAUGAAUAGAGAGUAAGGCUUUCUUGUUAGGGAGUCUUUCAGAACUCUUCUGCUCUGCUGUCAGACAACAGUUUAUCUCAGAACAAUUCAUUGUCUUUUUGUUUUUUUAGGGAAAACAUGAAUUUGAUGCGGAUGCAGACGAAGCUUUGCUUCUUGGAGAAGAUUUUGAUGAAGAGGAUGAAGAAGAAGAUGAACGAUCGUGGAAAAGAUAGUUACAACUAUUGUUUAAGUUGAUGCGGCCAAACUGCGUCGAUCGAAGCAUUGUAAAAUAAUUGUCAUGAUUUAACUGUUUCAGACUAGCAACUAAAGUGAGCUUAGCUUUCUCUAACAUUGUGACAUCAAGCGUUAACUUCAGUGGAUUCCAAUCGUCUUUGAAAGAGCAAGAUUUCUUGUGUCCAUUUCUUGUAAAACACACUGUCUUCGCUCUCCAAAGUCAAAGGCUAAGAGAUGAUACCCAUCUCAGUGUUUUAUUGAAAAAUACUUGUCUUUGACCUAGUUUAGGUUUUACUGUCUGUUGUUUUAAUUUUAUAGUACUCUGUAAGUUAAGUUGUAGUGAGAAUCUGUAUUGUUGUGAAGUCCGGAUGAUGCGU